UUUUAAACGCACUGACGACUUUCCCUCAUUUGAGCUCUAUGCGCGUUUUUAAAAGGGUUAAAAGUUGUAAAGUAGUUUGGGAAGCAGUUGUGACUCCAGCAGUGCGCAAUGCUCUCUCAUGCCGACCUCUUGGAUACUCGCCUCGGUGAGUUAUCGUCACCAAACUCCGGUCUUCAACUCCACUGGAUGAAAGAUGCUGCAGCCGAGCUUCUCGGACACCGGGAAGCUUUAAAGUGCAGGCUUGGGGGCACUGACUCUGGACACCCCGGAGAUCUUACUUCUGCUACAGAGACUGUGGAAGGGACCACUAUGCUCCCCGGGGAAGACAUUAGCAAUGGUGGAUCCAAUCCUAAUGGAAUGCAGCAGGUCAACGCCAAAGACCAAGAAAAGCAGCAACAGCAAAACUCUAAUCAGUCGGCUAGCCAACAAAGCCAGAAACAGAAACGGCACAGGACCCGCUUUACUCCAGCGCAGCUGAACGAACUGGAAAGGAGCUUUGCUAAAACCCACUAUCCUGAUAUAUUCAUGAGAGAAGAACUUGCAUUACGGAUUGGUUUAACGGAGUCACGGGUUCAGGUAUGGUUUCAGAAUCGACGUGCAAAAUGGAAGAAGCGCAAGAAGACAACGAACGUUUUCCGGUCGCCGGGCACUUUGCUACCAACGCACGGUUUGCCUCAGUUUCCGUCUGGAAUGGGCGACAGUCUCUGCUCUUUUCAUGCCAACGACACUCGCUGGGCCGCGGCUGGGAUGCCCGGAGUCUCACAGCUGCAGAUUCCGCCUUCGCUGGGCCGACAGCAGGCGAUGGCACAGUCCCUGUCCCAGUGCAGUCUCGGAGCUGGCCCUCCACCAAACUCCAUGGGCCUUUCCAACAGCUUAUCGUCAAACGGUUCCGGUCUUCAAUCGCAUCUGUAUCAACCUACAUUUCCUGGGAUGGUGCCCGCGUCCCUCUCGGGUCCAACGAAUGUGACCGGCUCACCUCAGCUGUGUAGCUCCCCGGACAGUGACAUGUGGAGAGGGACUAGUAUCGCCUCCCUGCGCCGUAAAGCACUUGAGCACACCGUUUCCAUGAGUUUCACCUAAUUUGAGGUGAAAUACAAAUUUGUCACUACAAACCCCAAGUAUUCCUGAAAAAAACAGUCACGGAGCACUCAGGAUAUGAGGUUAUACCUGUGAAAUUACAAAUUGGCAGCCUUACUGGAUGAUGGAAUCCCAACAAUCCCCAGACAAUGCUUAUAUACAGCAGAUGUAUAGACUAUAGUAAUAGUUUUAAUGCUUGAAAUGUACGUACUUUAUUUAUGUGUUGGAUUUGGUCAUGUUUAUUUGUUUAUUUUAUUUUCCUAGCAAUUGAUUUUAAUAAUGGCGAGUUGUUUAUUUAUUUAAGCGUAUUUAUUUGACUCUUCAUUCAUAUGAAGAAACAACUGGAGGAAUAUUUAUUUCGCUGAUCGGUGAUAUUAUUUUUGCUAAACUAAAUGUGAAGGGCACGUUAAUGAGGACCACAUGUCUGCAUGUACAGAUUGUAAGGCACAUGUUGGAGUGAUUUUUUUUCGGGUAGACAUACACAAAAGAACACGUUGGAUUAAGAGGCACUUUCCAAAUAAUCAGUUUCAGAUCAGAUGCAUGUAAUUUUUCAAACGGGAUCAACAGGAAGUUGUUUACAUAAAGCAAAAUGAACUUGAGUGUUUGUGUAGAUACGAAAAUAAUCUUGUUACCUGCUGGUAUGUUUGUGAUAUAUGUUUUAACUUAUUGUCUGUACUGAAAUAUGGUUUUCGUAAAUGCUUAUCUUACCAAAUUCAACAGAAUUGGGAAGGUUUAUAUUACUGAUUGUAAGUGGGUGAAUAAAAUCAUUUUAAGAAUUUCA